UUUUAAACAUUUAUCAUUAGAUAUAGAUGAUUGACUUUGGUGCUAUACUACAUGGAAGAGUAUGUCAUACUAACUGAUAGUCCAUAAAAUGAAGACUAAGAGAGAUUACUAGAUUUUUAUAAUGGAUGAAGAUUUGGCAUCAGAAGAUAGCUCUAGUAUGGAAGAGCAGAGUGAAAGAGAUGAUAAAUCUUCAGUAAUGGAAAAAUGUCUUUUGGGAAACAAGGUUAUUUCAAUUCCUCAAGAUAUGUGUGAACAGGAAGAAAUCUUCAAAGAUGUUAUUAAUAUGGACACUUGGCAAAAUAUUCUAACCAGUGCUCAAAAAUCAAAAUUAAUGAAAUUUUUGCCAUCUUUCCCAGAAAAUGAUGAAGAUGAGAAACUCACAACUUUAAAACAAUUGUUUGCUGGCCAGAAUUUUAAAUUUGGAAAUCCUUUAUUUCAGUUUUACAAAAAAUUAAAGGAUGGUUACUUAGCUCCAGAUGUAUCAAAAGUUGCCUCUUUAUUGAAGAAGGCUCAGUAUCGAGAAUACAGAUAUCAACAGCAGCAUUAUUAUUACAGAUUACUUGAAAAUGUUUUAAUUUCAAGAAAGAAAUUAUUAGAUGCUGCUUCGAUGCUUUCCCCUGACAAUAAUAUUAAAAUAGAAAAUUUUGCACCUAAAUUGCGAAAUAAAUCUAUUCAAGAAAGAACUAAAUGGAGAUAUUUCAGUCAGCUUCAGGAAGUCAGAGAGGAAUGUGGAGAAUUAGACACUUCAUCUGAAGAUGAAAAUUAUCCUGAAGGUAGCCCUCCAAAACUGACACGCAAAUUGAAGAAACAAGUUCAGAGUCUCGAAGCAUCUUUAAGUCCCGAUAUGCAUAGAGUUGUAUCUACUGUAACUCCUGCUCCAGGGUUUCAUGAUGGUGGACCUAAUAAACCUCUAAAUCAUUCUUUGGCUAUGUUUGAGAUGACAGAAGAAAGAUAUAGAGAAAUGCUACUGAGGCAUAAACGUAGGAGAGAAGAAAAAGAGGAUCAUCCCGAAUUGGAUACUUCCAACAUCUCGCUUGAUGACAUAAUUGCCCGUACAAAUUGUAUAAAGCGUUUUAUUGGUAAAGACUUAUUUCCAAAGAAAAAGUUAAAAUGCCAGGAUGGUAUGGAAAAGAAACAGAAAUUGUUGGGAGUGGGAGUGGGUGAUAUGCAACUUUCACCUUCGCAUUCUCAGUUGCAAUCGAUUGGAGAUGAAAACAUGUUGGGGACGUCUCAUGGCGUGGGACUUACCACUCUUAUGAGUGGAGAUGCCGCUCUAGAUGAUGUGGACGUGGACGUUGGAAGUGACGGAGAGGGGCUUCAGUCUGGACCGCCGAGGUCGGCUACUCCUACUUACCCCAGUUGCUUCUUCUCUCUAGUUAGAAAUUUGUUUUAUGAAACACCAGAACAGAAAAUGUCUGCAUCAAAGGAUCAUCCCGAAUUGGAUACUUCCAACAUCUCGCUUGAUGACAUAAUUGCCCGUACAAAUUGUAUAAAGCGUUUUAUUGGUAAAGACUUAUUUCCAAAGAAAAAGUUAAAAUGCCAGGAUGGUAUGGAAAAGAAANCUCUGUUUUACUAUAGAAAUAUUUUAAAUAUAAUGUUGAUCAUAACAGGAAUACUCCCAGAAAACUUCGUUCCUUAUCUCGACUACAAAGAAAAACAGCAACAGUGGCAGUGGAUAGGAGCUGGUCGCGAUUCGGGAGAACAGUUGAACCUGCUCUGUCAGCACUGGCUUGAAAACAAGGACGAUCUGUCUCUCGAUGUGCUGGAGUCAUCGCAGGGAUCCCCACCACCACCAAGAGUUGUAACUGAUUGGACUGUACGUCCCACUUCUGAAGAAGAGAGACAGUUAUAUCGAGAACAGGAACGAGUGCGAUACCAGAACCCUCACAAAGCUUUCACCUUCAGGGUGCAUGGCUAUGAAUCCGUUGUUGGACCAGUCAAGGGAGUUUACGGCAAAGAGAGCGGAGUAAAUAAAGCUAGAGAACAUUCUCUAUUAGUGUCCGACCGGCCUCCCUUUGUCACCAUUCUCUCAUUAGUAAGAGAUGCCGCAGCAAGACUACCUAACGGCGAGGGUACGAGAUCAGACAUUUGUGAAUUAUUAAAAGAUUCUCAGUACUUAUCUGCCGCCAGUGACCAACAGAUUCAUACAGUCGUAAGCGGUGCUUUAGACCGACUACAUUAUGAAAAAGAUCCGUGCGUAAAAUAUGACGUCAAUAGAAAAUUAUGGAUAUAUCUUCACAGAAGUAGGACAGAAGAAGAAUUUGAACGAAUACAUCAAGCUCAAGCAGCUGCAGCAAAAGCCAAAAAAGCCAUACAAAAAAACAAAACACCAAGAGUAAAAACAAAUAAAGAUGCUGCCCGAUCGUUAACUAUUACCGAAGCAGUCAAUAGUCUGACUGUAGAUGUUCCUGCCAGUAGUAAUAUAACUGUUAACACUUCAUCACAGAGUCCCAGAGGAAGUGGAAGCCCUAGGACACAAAAUAGUCCAAAGCAGACGCACGGAACAACGUCUCGUCAGUUAAUGAGAAGUCUGUCACUACCCGCCCAGGCAUUACAGAAAGUUUCUUCUGCCAUUUCGGCAUUGCCGAACACGUCCGAAAUGUCCGCUGUACUGUCGAGUCCCCGCCGUCAAGAUAUUUCGUCCGUACUUACCGCUCCCACGAUUCCCAGCCCCAAACUGUCUGCAAUACCAAUCUUGUCUCAACCUCCAAAUGGAGGAAAUAAUUCUAGACCACCUUCUCAGUGUUCUCUUCCCAGCCCAAAAACGGUGAUUGCUAACGUUAAUGCUGCUCAGUUUGUAGGGGUGACCCAACUGCAGAGUGGCGGAGCAGAACAGUCUAUUCCAUCGCCCUCUAACUCGCCCACGCCUCCACCAGGAUCGAUAGGAAUUGACAUGAAGCCUUCUUCUCCGGCAUUUGUCGGACAGCCACCAGUUCUCCAGCCUGUCCUUAGUCAGGCGGCGGGAGUGAUCAAUCCGUCACUCGCCACCACGAUGUCCCCUGCUUUGGCCAAAGCAGUGUCAAACAUAGCAUCGAAACGGACAGCCUGUUCUUCUUCUAACCAGGUGCAGGGAUUUCAGACGAUCGUCAUUAAACAGGAUCCCAGUGGAAAACCUGGCACAUCAAUCGCCGCACUCCCCAUACUAGCCUCGGCAUCUGCGGCAAAAUCUUCAGCCAUGGGAUCAAAACCUGUAAUGGCACGCGUCGUGGCGGGCACACAAGUCGUCUCGCUUAGCAAUCUAGUGGCUAGAACGACAGCUCAAGCAGUUGCAAAACAAGGAUCACAAUCUUCUGGUACGGCUACUUUUAGAAUCCAGAGUGGAAAUUUUGUUCAACCAGUUGGAGCUACAGGAACCUUAGGUGUUCUGCAAGCAUCUCAACUUGCUGCAGCUGCUAAAUUACCUAGAUUGGCCGUCGUCACACAGUCCAGUAGCAAUACAGUAACAGCAACUCCUACAAUAACAGCUCAACCAAAGUUAAUCACAUUAACUCAAGGACAAUUGGGAAUGCUACAAGCAGCCCAAAUUGAUGCGGCAGCCUCACAUGAAGCAGUUAUUUCGGCCUCAACCAAAACAAACGUAGUAUCUAAUCAGACUGGGAUCAAAACUGUAGCUCCUUCUGUAAGCGUAUGUGGAAAAUCGUCCCAGAACAUCAUCACGUCAAAAUCGUCUCCAUCUGCAACAGCGGUCACAAUGCCAACAAGCAGUGGUUUACCAAGUGUAAUUUUGGCAAGUGGAAGUCCAACCUCUUCACCAACUGUUGUUAUUGCAACUCAAGGUACCUUAAAGCCGUCGAAUCAGACGUAUGUGAUGGCCGCACCCGGAUCCAAUCCUACUGUUGUGAUGGCCGCAGCAACUCAGCAGGGAGUCAGGGGAGUCACUCCGCUGAAUGUCAAAGCCCUUCCCGGCAUAAAAGUUAUUCCCAUGUCUCAGGCCAUGAGUACGACAAAAGGAACGAGGACUCAACCACUCCUGGCCAGAAUCAUCACUCCUCCGGCGGGAAUUACCAUAAGGCCGGGAGGUGCCGUGGCGACGGUGAAUGCUGGACUGGGACAGACACAGCAGGUGGGAACGCCGACUGCAGUGAGCAUUGUCCAGGGAAUAGGCACGGUGUCUCAUGGAACGCCGGCCACCAAAUCUUCUGCUUCACUGGCAACCGCCAGCUCUCAGCCAGUCAUUGUACAGGUGCAGACAUCUUCACAGAAUGAAAGUAUGGACUCUCUUUCCCAUCAGGAAGGGCAUUCUUAGAAUUUAUUUAAAAACACAUCUCAUGAUUUGGGGACAAAGUAAGGAUUUUUUAAAAUUGAUAUUCAUUUUUACAAAAAGCACAUUUAAGUUUUAGAAAUCAAAACAUCAAAUUUCGAGCCCGACAACAAUGUAAACAAGCAAUUAGUUUAAACUGGCUUUGUUCUUAAGAACAAACACUUCUAAAUGUGUAAAUAUUAAAUUUUUUCAUCUCAAAACAAAUGCUUGUAAAUAACACUAUUUUUUGGAUUUAGUAAUCUUGUGUCUAUUUAUUGAAUAACCUUUAAUGUAAUGUUAAAAGUUUUACCACAAUAAAAAAAUGUUUUCUAGUAUAUUUUGUCCUAUACAGGCUCUUUUAGGUGUUGAUAAUGAUAUCUAUUCCUUUUCCUUUCUGCAUUGAACAAAUUACAAUACCACCAACAGUUGCACUCUAUAUUUUUGGAUAAAUGAAAGACUAACUUGAACUUCCAGUUAGUUGUAAUUAAAUGACAAAGUGAACAAUGCCUGGAAAUUUU